AUGACCAAUGAAGAGCUACUAAAAAAUCUCAUGACCGAAAUAGGGACCAAAUUAAAUGCUAGAGUAGAUAAGCCGGAUGAGAACAUUAGAAACAUCCAGAUGUCCCAAAUGAGUUUAAAGAAACAAGUUGCGCAAGUGGCUAAUUCUUUGAACUUGCGUCCCCAAGGCGGGCUGCCCGGUGAUACUGAGCCCAAUCCAAAGCAAUUGCAUGCGGUAAGUACUAGAAGUGGGCUGCAAUUAGAGGAACUAGCUCCAAAGAAGAGAGAAUUUGAGAUAAGUACCAAACAAAAGAAGGUGGAAGAGGUAGUAAAAAGCUCCAAUGCUGAGGGUAUACCGAAGUAUGCUAAAUACGUGAAAGACAUUGUAGCUAGCAAGAGGAGGCUCACGGAAUAUGAAAUUGUGGCACUUACUGAAGAGUGCAGCUCAAGGAUUCAAAACAGACUACCCAAAAAGUUAAAAGAUCCGGGUAGUUUUACUGUGCAGAUUACAACUGGGCAAAGCGUUCAUGCCCGGGGGUUGUGUGAUUUGGGAGCAAACAGAUCCAUUGCUAGGCCAGAGGGGGUGGUAGAAGAUGUGUUAGUGCAAGUAGGUUCAUUGAUUUUUCCGGUAGAUUUUGUGGUCUUAGACUUUGAACCUGAUUCUGAAGUUCCAUUCAUUUUGGGACGUCCUUUCUUGGCCACGUGGAGGGCAUUGAUUGAUGUAGCAGCUGGUCAAUUAACCAUGCGGGCGCAUGAUAAAGUAGAAGUAUUUGAUGUGUACCGCGCUCUAAAAUUGCCUUCUAUUUAUGAAGAGUUGUCUGCUAUUACUGUGGUUGAUCACAUAGUUGAGUCACAAUUAGUUGUUCCCGAAGACUCCUUAGAAAGAGUGUGA